UUACCCCCCCCCCCCCCCCUGCCACACUAAUAACAACACACCAUAAUGAUCGAGCCAGUAGAAGCAGAAUUCGCCCAGCCCCCAAUCUUCACCAAUGCCCAGGAGGAGGCAAUGGAAGACCAGGGCGUGGAGCUCGCCAACUCCCUCUCCCGCAUGUCCCACGCUCGCCAGCCCACCGAGGUCGACGAGCACACCCUCGCGAGCGCCGGGGGUGAAAAGGCCGACAAGGUCAGCGGUCGCAUCAUUGUCGACUUUGACCAUUCAAGAAAGGAGGACCCGCGCUCGUGGGGCAAGGGACGCAAGUGGUUUGUCACCCUCGGCUGCGCUGCCCUUUGUCUCGCCGUCGCCCUCGGAUCAGCAAUGCCUACUGGUGACCUCCAUGGCACUGCCGAGACCCUCAAGGUCUCCGACGAGGUCAUCUUCCUCACCAUUGCCCUCUUCGUCCUGGGCUUUGGCGUCGGCCCCCUCUUCUUCGCGCCCCUCUCCGAGAUCAUCGGCCGCAAGUGGGUUUACACCAUUUCGCUCUCGCUGUACUUCCUUUUCACCCUCCCCUCGGCCCUCGCCAAGAACAUUGCCACCAUGCUCGCUGGCCGCAUGAUCGCCGGUCUCGUCUCCUCCGCACCCAUGACCAACGUCGGUGGCUCCAUCGCCGAUAUCUGGGCCGUCGAAGAGCGUGGUGUUCCCAUGGCCAUCUUCUCGUGCACUCUCUUCAUGGGCCCCUGCCUCGGCCCCCUCUUUGGCGGUUGGAUCGCGCUCAAGACGCACACUUGGCGCAACAUCUACUGGGUUCUCUUCGGAUUUAUUGGCGCAGUCUCCCUCUUCACCCUCGUCAUGCCCGAGACUUUUGCCCCCAUCAUCCUCCGUCGCAAGGCCGCCCGCCUCAACAAGGAGAACAACACCGACGUCUACAUCUCCAAGCACGAUCUCGACCUGGUUCCCUUCAACGAGCGCCUCAAGACGGCCAUGUACCGUCCCUUCAUCCUAAUGGUCAUGGAGCCCAUCAUCCUCUUCAUGUCCUUUUACCUCUCAUUCAUCUACUCGCUCCUCUACGGCCUCUUCUUUGCCUUCCCCAUCGCCUUUGAGCAGAUUCGCGGCUGGAACAUUGGCAUGACUGGUGUCUCCUUUGUUUCCAUCAUCCUCGGCAUUCUCAUCGCCAUGUGCGUCAUGCCUAUUCAGGAGCAACUCUACAAGAAGCACUGCGAGAAGCACGGCAAGCAGGUCCCCGAAGCUCGACUCUACAUGAUGAUGUUUGGCUGCCUCUUCAUGCCGAUCUCCCUGUUCAUCUUCGCCUUCACAUCGUACAAAGGCAUCAGCUGGGUCGGUCCCUGUGCCGCAGGUGUCCUCUUCGGCUUCUCCAUGGUCGUCAUCUACAUCAGUGCCAACAGCUACAUCGUUGACUCGUACUCAAACUUUGCCGCCUCGGCCGUCGCUGCCAAGACCUUUAUGAGGUCCUGCAUUGGUGCCAGUGUUCCCAUGUGGAUCACUAUCUGCUACAAGCACCUCGGUUUCCAGUACGCCGGUCUCAUGCUCGCCUGUAUUGGUGUCAUUAUCGGCCCCAUCCCCUAUUUCUUCUUCUUCAAGGGAGGCGCAAUCCGCGCGCGUUCCACCCGUGCCACCAAGAGCGACUAAGAGGACGAUGGGUGCUCUACCAUCUACCUACAACACACAUUUGCAUCUGCAUUUACACCUAGAUUAUAGUAGAAUAGAUCAUCAUACAGGA